CGAACUGCUUGUCACUUAUCAAACUCUUCAAAAAGCAAACAGAUAGAACGGUGCAUACGGGAUGCUACCAUCACCUGUGCAGGGAAGGUGAAAAGCUCCUGUCUCCAUCUUUUUAUUCUCUGAACACCUUAGCAGAGGAUGGAGAACCAAAGCGGGACUCGAGUAAAAGAACAAACUACUAAACAAGAACAGACCACGAUCAGGCCACACUCAAAUGACGAGAAGAGAAAACGCACUCGUUCGUUCUGGUCUGAAAAUCAGGGUUCUGAAGAAAAAGGUAAUGCAACCUCCCAGGCGAUUAGAGGGGAGAAGAUUUGGUUCAACCGCAGCAUAUAUGAGCAAGCCGACAAUGCCUAUCAAUCCUUGUUGAGCUCCGGGUGUGGAACCCCUCCCAUUUCAUCCUCCCCAAAAGAGCGAUUUCCUCGCACCCUGGUCUUCAGGGCUAAACGGAAUGGUGGUCAGCAAUAUCAACAGGAGGAGAACUACACACAUACUCGUUCCUUUAACUCACGGGAACGCCAGCGGGGUUUGAACCACCAGCGUUCAUCGUCUGAACCCAAGACUGCUCAUAAGGCCCCCAACAGUAGCCGAAAGAGAGUCUACUCUGAGUCUGAACGCGCCCCUCAGAAAAGGGACAAGAUCACAAUGAGUGGACUUCAGGGACUCGCCCAGGAGAAUAUCUGGUUUGACAAGUCCAGAUAUGACGAGGCAGAGAGACACUUUUAUGAGGUCAAGAAUGGCGUCCCACAGACACCACAGGAGAGAGAUGCUAGUGCCAUCCUGCAGGACAUUGCUAAAGCCAGACAGAAUAUCCAGCAAUCCCUAUCCGGAGUGAAGACUGCUCUGCAGGGCAAUAAAGGGCACUCACGCCCUCAAAAAACCCGGGAGAGGAAGACCAGUCAGAAUGCCAGUAAGUCUGAGGAUCAGAGUGAGCUGGUCUCUCGUUUGAAGAGUCUAGAACUAGACAACAAGAAUCUGCACAAAGUGGUGGAUGAUCUAAGAAGCGUGCUGUCCAAACUGGAGUCCAGGAUGGCUGUGCUGGAAAAGAGCAAAGCACCGGCUCUAAAGACAGCUGCUGUCACCAAGGCUGCUCCCGCCCAGAAGCCCAAGGUUGAGAAGCACAAUGAUGAUGAUGAUGAUGAUGAUAUCGACCUUUUUGGCAGUGAUGAGGAAGACGAGGAGGCAGAGCGCAUCAAAGCGGAAAGAGUGAAGGAGUACUCCGCGAGGAAGGCCAAAAAACCAGCACUCAUCGCCAAAUCCUCAAUCCUGCUGGAUGUCAAACCUUGGGAUGAUGAGACCGAUAUGGCCAAGCUGGAAGAGUGUGUACGCUCCAUACAUCUGGACGGGCUCCUGUGGGGAGCUUCUAAACUGGUUCCUGUCGGCUAUGGCAUCAAAAAGCUCCAGAUCGGCUGUGUGGUUGAAGAUGAUAAAGUGGGAACAGACAUUCUGGAAGAGGAGAUCACCCAGUUUGAGGACUACAUCCAGAGUGUUGAUAUUGCUGCUUUCAACAAGAUCUGAGCCUCUCGUGUCAAAAAACUCCUCACACGGGGUUACUGCUGCUUUUAUAUCACACGGUUACCAAUAAACUGUUCGGUUACAUGAACAAAAUCAUUGUAGUUGACUGUCUUUAUUUGGAUUGUUAUUUUUGUAUUUGUUUAU